UAACAGGACACUCCAGAGUUGGGAGUUGCAAGAUGUACUGCUGUUUCUUACACAGCCCCAGGACAUUGAAACUAAUUAUGUGAGACAGUAGCUAGGCGUAGCCACAUCAACUUGUGCAAGACAUUGAGAUGCUCUGUACAGUGCAGUAAGUGGUGACUCUCACAGCCCUGCCCAGAGUGUCAUGUGUUCUCAAAUAGAGAAGUGAAAACUGACAACUUGACACAAAACUCAGGGAGUCUUCUUUCGCAAACAAUCCUGCGGUUUGAUGACACGUGGAACGUUCUGUGCACAUCCAGUUCUCUGGUAUGAGAUCGCAUGUUAGAAAGAAUGACGUCGGAGGUGGAGGAAGAAAUUCGGCUUCUCGGUGGAGGGGUGUCUGAGCCACUUGUCAUACAGGAACUCCUCGAUCGGUUGAGGGAGGUAGAGGCUGAAAAUUCUGCUCUCGCGCAAGCCAAUGAAACCCAGAGGGAAACUUAUGAGCGUUGCCUUGAUGAGGUUGCAAACCAUGUUGUACAGGCCCUUUUAAAUCAGAAGGAUCUCAGGGAGGAGUGUAUCAAACUCAAAAAGAGAGUGUUUGACCUAGAGCGACAGAACAGGGCUUUGAGCGACCUCUUUCAUCAGAAGCUUCAACGCUCAUCAGGAUCAUCCCCCGAGCUGCACCCGCUACAGGUUUUUACAGAUACACAAGUAGGGGAUUUGGAGAGGCUGUCUGGCUCCCUUCCUUUGGGACAAUGUGCUGUGCAAAGAGAGGAGAAGCAGCGAACCAGCCGUGCCCAAUCAUCUUGCCGUUCUAUGGAUGCAAUGUCUCCAUUUCUCAGGAAAAAGGCGCAAAUUCUGGAGGUCCUAAGAAGACUUGAGACCACAGGAUCUCAGCCUGGACUGUCCUGCACUGCCCCACCAAUGCUCUUAGGGGGUCUCUCAUCAGCAGGUGGGAAUGGACUGCGUUUGGGAUCAGAGCAGAACUUGGAUUAUUUAAAUGGUGAAGGACUGAUUCCUCCAGAACUUGGAGGCGAUGAGCCCUGGACAUCUUGCCUUCUUUUGGCUCAGAGUGGGUGGGAGGAGUUGUUCAAGUGGAAAUCUAUCCAACGUGAGCCACCAGCUGGAAGCCCUGGUGAAGGAGGAGGGGAACGUCUUGGACUGGCAGCAGGAGAAGAAGCACCUCAGUUGGCACGACAAGCUGAAGGAAGUUCUUCAUCCUCAGAUGAUGACAUUGGGGAGCCUCCUCCUCCUCCAAGUGACAUCAGGCAGAGACUGCCAUUAACUGACUUUCCUCAAUGCUUAAGUCCUUGUAUGUGCUACCGUGGGACUGGAGAGAAGAGGGCUUCCAUUGAAGGAACCUCUGAUGGAACAGGUUUAAGUAGGGGACAUAUUGGGCAUCUCCACUCUUUAACCUGUUAUAGUAGAAGCCUGCGUGAUUUAGUAGAGAUUCAGCAGGUGUCAGGAACACAACCAACUUCUACAGAAAAUAUGGAUCCUGUGCCUCGUUAUCAAAGUAAGCAGCUCAUUCCUGAUACCAUUUCAGAUGGACCUGCAAAUACUUGCCCUUCCUCUCCUAGGACCUCUGUCAAUCUACAAAGAGACACUACUGUAUUUGUCCACAAAAGUUCAACCCAGGAAACUUUAGAGGAGUGCUCCCUACCCUCUUCAGUGGCCUCUAACCCAUCUUGUGCAGAACCGCAAAAUGUGCUUACCCCCCCUUGUGAACCUCGGGCACCACACAUCCCCUCCCCAGCCAAAUUUCUUAAGUUCCUUAAGCUUCCUGGGUCAGGUGAAAGAUUGCAGAGCCCCAACCCCUUAAGACUCAGCCCCCAGCUUACCCAGACCUCCAAAAUUCCAUGUCGGAGCAAUAAUUAUGAGGCCUUCCCCUCUCCACGUCUUGGUAGGAAGACUGUGGAACAGCCACCUGGCCCAGCCACGGACAUAGAUCCACCUUCCCCUUCAGAUUUUCUCCAUUCUGACACAAACAAACUAGGAUCAGGUGAGCAAUCCAAUAACAGCAUCAUCACCAGAUCUGGGACACAGUGCUGCACCAAAAAAUCUCAUGAUUACGAGAAUAUCCCAGCUAUGUCUGGUAGAAAUUCUGAUCUUCCUAACACAAACCAAACUGCUGAGACUAUUGAGGCUCCUUGCCAUUUAGUUGGGGGAGUGUGUUCACCUAGCUGCUCCCCAGGAAUUUGCAUGCACUCCCAAGUGAAUUGUAUAGAGGAGCCAAAUGCUCAAGUGAUCACACCUUUUAUGAAAAAACCUGUAAUUUCUAAGAAACCACCAGAGAUUAGUGGACAUCAUCCUUUCAGAGAAAGAAUGGGAAAAUUGAGGGGCUCUGAUAGCCAACAUGCAGACAUUACAGUUGCAGGGAUUGAUAGCAAUAGAGUGGUGGGUGACAGUUCUGACCUUCGUCCAUCUAUGAAGAGAUCGAUUGCUGUUAGCAGCCUAAAGACUCCUGAACCUGGAUCCACAGAGAGUUACCCACCAAGAUAUCAUGGGCAAAAAUUAGAGUCUGCCCGGACUCGUCAACCUGGUGCUCACUGUCCACCUGGAUCUCCACAUGGUGUUCGUAACCAAACUCGAGCACCUCCUAUUCCCAGCAAAUCUCCACGGAGUCCUCAUGGUAGCCCUACAAAAUUACCUGCCAAAUCCCCAAGUAAAGCAACUGCAAAACCUCUGGUAUCUCGACCCCUAAGUGAAGAGCUUAGGCCAAGUCCCCGGCCUUCCCCCCACACUAAUGAAGACAAGCAGAGGAUUCAGUCCAAUGAUAUGGGCAAGAAAAAUGGCACUUGUCCAGAAUAUGCGUGUCCUCGAACUGCAGGUCCACAGGGAUCUGAAAAUAUCCCUCUCAGUGCGUUGCACUCAGCAAUUGAAGAAAAGGUGAUGAAGGGCAUCAAAGAAAAUAUGCUUAGGCUUCAGGAACAACACCGUGCACCACCCCCUGAUCCAAAACAACGUAAUUCAAGUGGCAUUGCCAGUUGGUUUGGCUUAAAGAAGAGCAAGCUUCCGGCACUUAGCAGGAGGCCUGAAGCUGGGAGACUGAAAGAUGAGAAAAGGGAGAAAAUUGGUUCCCCACGUUCCAGAGAUGUAAAGGGAGAGAGCCUAAAUAUUUCUAUGCUGAUGGAGAAAGCUGAGGAUCUGCGAAAGGCCCUACAGGAGGAGAGAGCCUAUAUCAAUGGAAUUUCAUUGGACAAGACUUGCACAGCAACUUCUGUGGACCAGGCACAGAACCCACAGCCGUUGACUGCUGACAACUUUAUGCAGCAAUUGUUGAACCGGGUGGAUGGGAAAGAUCUUCCUCAUGAAACCCAACCAGAAGGGAAGACACCUCUUAGGGAAUUUCCUCGAUUGUCACCAGAGAACAAAGAUUCCCGGCCCUACCGCCCCCCACGGAAUGGACUGGUCACACAUAUUCAGCGUUGUGAACAGAAAAGCGUGGAACAGAGCAGGGAGGUGGCUCUACCAUCUGAUGACCGGAUACCUGAACCAGUUACCACUCAACACUUUGCAGCUUGUGACUCGUUAACUAGGACAUUGGACAGUGGCAUUGGAACGUUUCCUCCACCAGAUUACUGUGGUGGAACACCAAACAAAAGUGCUCCCAAGUUAAAGCCCAGGCUUGAGUCGCCAUCUGUCACCCCAGUGGGAAGGUUUUCUGCAUUCCCCAAGGUACCAAGGAGGGCAAGAACUUUGGAAAGGGACAUGCGAGGUGUAGAGGAGAUGUUUCAAGCUGGUCAACACCAGAGUGUCCCAGCCUUCCAUGCACUACUGGCCCAGCCAGAGCCUGCCUUGGGAAACAGAGUAUAUGUAGAAGAGUCCAGUAGGGAUCGCAUUCGUCCUCAGCAGGGCAAGAAUUGGACCUUUCCAAAUGCCAAGGUCAGCACAGGGUCUUCAGAUGCAUUCAGGUCUAGAACGCAUGACCUAGAGGAGAUCCCAUCAGAAGGGGACAGAGACUGUGAUGUAUCUGGUUAUCAGCAUCCGUCUCUCUGUUUCCCUGGCAGCGUCAGCAGCCGCACUCCAAGCACCUCUGAGGUUGGAGAAGAGGGAACAAGUGAAGCCAAAUCUCGGGAUAAUGAACAGGGUCAAACCGGGCUGGAAAACUCUGAAUCACUGAGCGACUCCCUAUAUGACAGUCUAUCAUCCUGUGGGAGCCAGGGCUAGCGGCAUCCUUAGUUCUCCUGUAAACCUUUAUGCAACCGGUCAACCUUGGCAACUUCACAAAUGUGGAUGGACAGUCUUGGUUGCCAGCGGGUGCUAUUCUAUGUGGAGUCCUUGUCCUUUCAAUGACAUUGUUGGUUACUCCUCUAGAAUUACACUCUCUCUCUAUCUCUCUCUCUCCCUUGAGCCUCCGUAAUCCCAAGUAUUAGGAACAGGCUAGAGCCUUGUUGUUUCUGAACUUACAGAUGAAGGUCACGAAUUUCCGUUUCUGCUCCAUCCUCACCCAGAAGUCCAGAUUCUGGAUUUGCUCCUGUCCUUCAUAGAUUGCCAUUUUUAUUUGUGUCUACUAUGGCUUACCCCCUUUUGCUAUGCAUUAAUGCCACCAGCGGGUUUGAUGUCAUUCAGAGCAGAGAGACUGGUCAAGGGGAAUUCACGGGUUUUUAGAAUACCUCACAUGUCUCUUUGAUCCAUUUGCCAGUAGUGUGCGAAAGCUCUGAUCCAGAUACAGAAUUCCACAUUUUCAGUUAGAUUUAUGUUUUAUUUUCUUUCAAGAAGAAAGCUGGAGAAAAUGCAAUGUAUUAGCUGCAUAUCUGGAAGUCUCCGUAGUAAGGAGUAUUAUUACGUUUAUAUGAUUCAUUGGUGUGUUUUUGUUUUUAUCCUGGUUUCUCCUUGU